GUUCACUUGUAAUGGCUUCAUCAUCAGGUGUAAUCAAAGGCAAAUCCUUUUUUUUUGCAUUGUUCAUUUUUUCUCUCAUUUUAUUGUUUGUAACAGUAGAUGCUCAAGGGAUUAGUAAAACAGGAAAAAAGGAUGGUACUAAUACAUAUAAGCAUGCUAAAGAUAUUCAACCUGGUACCUACCAUAUAAGAAAUGUAAAGUCAAAAAAAUAUCUUGCUUUUUUACCUGGUACUUUGGUUGAACCCACUGCCUCUUCCAAAUCUGAUAUCACCGAAUGGUCCAUUUUGAAAUAUAAAACAAAAAUGUAUUCUAUUAAUCAUGAUCAUGGUACCUUGAAAAAAUGUGUCUCGGCUAGAUGGACCAAUGGAAAAGAUGAUGCAGGUGUAAUGUGGCAAUGUGAACUCAAAUAUGGUCAUAAAAAACGAUCAUCCUUGUCUAAACGAUAUGAACCUAUCCUUUGGCAAAAACAAACAUGGUUAUUUGUUCCUGUCAAUGGUAAAAAGAAUACAUUCAGAAUCAUGGCUGUCACUCAUAUGUACGAUAUGAUUCCUACUUGUUUGUCUUCUUCUUCUACUGGUGGUAAAUCCUAUCGUGGUGGCACUGUUUUGAAAAAAUGUAAAUACAAUACAAAUGAUCCUAGUCUUUUCUGGACAUUUGAAAAGGCUUGAUCAUCUCACAAGGAAUGGAUGAUUGUCCAAAUAAAAUCAAUCUUUUUUCUCUCUCUCUCUUUCUUUUUUUUUUCUCUUUCUAUGCUGGCAUGAAAGAAUCUGUUUCAAUGUAUACUCUAUGAUAUUCUCC